AUGCAUUUCCCUUCCAUUUGGAGCCUCGCGCUCCUUUCAUCAUCAGCCCUCGCGUCGCUGCAGAUCGUUCCGGGCGCCACAUGGACUGCCACCAACACCGGACAGCACCUUCAGGCCCAUGGUACCGGCAUCAUCAAGGUUGGCGACACGUACUACAUGAUCGGCGAGGACAAGACGAACGGCACCAGUUUCCAGAACGUCAACUGCUACUCGUCCACGAACCUCGUCGAAUGGAAGUACGAAGGCGCCCUGCUCUCCCAGACGGCCUCGGGCGAUCUCGGUCCCAGCCGCGUGGUUGAGCGUCCCAAGGUCAUCUACAACGACCAGACCAGCAAGUACGUGCUCUGGAUGCACAUCGACUCGUCCGACUACAAGGACGCCAAGACAGGCGUCGCCUCCGGCGAUAGCGUUUGCGGCUCCUACGAGUACCACGGCAGCUUCCGGCCGUUGGGCUUCCAGAGCAGGGACAUGGGACUGUUCAAGGAUGAUGAUGGCAAGGCGUACUUGAUGACCGAAGACCGCGAAAACGGCCUCCGCAUCAACGCCUUGACCGACGACUACCUGAACGUCACCGGCGACUCCUCUGUCUACCGCUUCGACGAGAAGUACGAAUCCCCCGCCAUGGUCAAGGUUGACGGGACCUACUACCUCUUCGCCUCCCAGCUUACCGGCUGGAACCCCAACGACAACUACUACGUCACAGCCUCCUCCCUCUCCGGCCCCUGGACCUCCUGGAAGACCUUCGCCGACGUCGGCUCCAACACCUACUCGUCGCAAACCUCCUUCAUCCUCCCCAUCACCGGCAGCUCCGGCACCACGUACAUGUACCUAGGCGACCGCUGGAUCAGCUCCGCCCUCUUCCGCAGCACCUACAUCUGGCUGCCGCUCACGAUCGACUCCUCCGCCAAGACCGCAUCCAUGAAGAACGCCGUCAACUGGGUCCCCGACGUCGCCGCCGGCACCUGGGCCGCUGGCCCCAGCGAGACGCAGCCGGAGGGCGAAGACGCGACGCUCAGCGGCGGCGCGAGGACGGUGAGCUGCAGUGGUUGCAGCGGCGGGGAGGGCGCGGGGUAUCUCGGUGGGACGGACUCGGGCGUCGUGACGUUUGCGGGGGUGGCGAGCGAUGCGGCGACGAAGUCGUCGGUUCGGGUCAAGUAUCAGAAUUUGGAUAGCACCGCGCGGUAUGCGGAUGUGAGCGUUAAUGGCGGCGCGAAGCAGAGGAUCGCGUUUUUGCCGACGGCGAACGGGACGCCUGGGAGUAGCGUUGUGAAUCUGGAUUUGAAGGCGGGCAGUGCGAAUGAGGUGGUUAUUGAGGGCGCGAAUGGUGGGUGGGGACCUGAUGUGGAUCGGAUUAUGGUGCCGCGGUCGUAG